UCUGUUGCAGAAACAUGUGGCACGCAUUCAAAAUACAUGAGAGCUGUUUACCCCACAAAAACCUUUCCAAACCACUAUACUAUUGUCACCGGACUGUAUCCAGAAUCUCAUGGUGUUAUUGAUAACAACAUGUAUGAUGUAAAAUUCAACAAGAGUUUCUCACUUUCGGGGACUGAAAAAUUCCAGCCUUAUUGGUGGAAUGGGCAGCCAAUCUGGCUGACAGCAAUGUACCAAGAUUUGAAAGCUGGCACCUUCUUCUGGCCAGGCUCCGAUGUCCCUAUCAAUGGUACAUAUCCCACCCUGUACACUGUAUACAACAAUUCAGUUGAAUAUGAACAGAGAAUUUCAAGGAUAUUGAAAUGGCUUGAUAAUCCCAAAUCGGAGAGGCCUGAUUUUUACACUUUGUAUAUUGAAGAACCAGAUUCCUCUGGGCAUUCGUUUGGACCAGUUAGUAGUGGUGUAAUCAAAGCUUUGCAGCGAGCUGAUCAAGCCCUGGGAAUGCUAAUGGAGGGACUUAAACAGAGAAAUCUGCACCACUGUGUAAAUGUAAUUCUUUUAGCUGAUCACGGGAUGGAGAGGACAUACUGCACCCAAUUAGAAUACAUAGCUGACUACUUAAAGCAGACUAGUUUCUACAUAUAUGCUGGGCCUGCAGCUCGCAUCCGUGCGUACAGCGUCCCAAAGGACUAUUUCACUUUUGAUUCAGAAGGAAUUGUUAAAAACCUUACAUGCAAAAGAUCCAUCCAGCACUUCAAACCCUACCUGACACCUAACUUGCCAAAACGUUUCCAUUACGCUAACAACAUUCGUAUCGACAAAGUACAUCUUUUGGUGGAUCAACAGUGGCUCGCUGUAAGAGACAACAGAUACACAGGUUGUGAUGGGGGCAACCAUGGCUAUGACAAUGAAUUUAAAAGUAUGCAGGCUAUAUUCCUAGGAUAUGGCCCAGGCUUUAAAGAGAAAACAGAAGUGGAUCCCUUUGAAAAUAUAGAAGUUUACAACCUAAUGUGUGAUCUGCUGCAUAUUACACCAGCACCGAAUAAUGGCACACAUGGCAGCUUAAAUCACCUUCUGAAAAAACCUUUUUACAAUCCUUUACAUGCCGAAGAAGAGUCAGCUCCUUCUUCAUGUCCAGUUGUCAAUCUGAAUUCUCCAAGCGAUUUAGGAUGCACAUGCAAUGGAGUAUCAAACGUUUCAGAACUAAACAAGAGGUUAAAUCUCACCACAGAAGAAAUAAAGGAGACAAACUCCCAUAAUUUGCCAUAUGGGAGACCCAGAGUUCUUCAGAAGGAAAACACCUACUGCCUGCUUUCUCAUCAUGGGUAUGUGAGUGGAUACAGUUACAACAUCUGGAUGCCACUGUGGACUGCAUACACUGUGAAUAACCAGGAAAACACGUCUUCGCUUCCUCCCACUGUUUCAGACUGUCUGCGGGCUGAUGUUAGAAUCCCUGUUGCUCAGAGCCAAAAUUGUUCUGACUACCCAGAAGGGCUGAACUUCACUCGUGGUUUCCUCUAUCCUCCCAACUUCAACUCAUCUGGUCUUGAACAAUAUGAUGCUUUACUCACCAGCAAUAUAGUUCCCAUGUACACAGCAUUCCAAGAGUUAUGGGACUAUUUUCAUAAUGUCCUACUUCAAAAGUAUGCUAGAGAAAGGAAUGGAAUAAAUGUUAUCAGCGGACCAGUGUUUGAUUACAAUUAUGAUGGUCAUUUUGACAGUCUUCAUGAAAUUACACUGCAUGUAAAUAAUACACAAAUCCCAGUCCCAACCCAUUACUUUGUGGUUCUGACUAGCUGCAAGAAUCUGUCUUUUACUCCACUGAACUGUUCAGGCUCCCUGGACGUUUUGUCGUUUAUCCUUCCCCAUCGACCUGACAACACUGAAAGCUGUGCUGAAAAUAAGCAGCCUUCUGAAUGGGUUGAAGAAAGAGUUCAGGCUCAUGUUGCUCGUGUCCGAGAUGUGGAACUUCUCACUGGGCUUGACUUUUACCAGGAAAGACAGGAACCUGUCUCUGAGAUCUUACAGCUAAAGACAUUUUUGCCAACAUUUGAGACUGAUGUUAACUGAAACGUGUCAGUACUUGGAAAAAAGUAAAUCUGAAAAAAUAGCUUUUUCUUUGCUUAAGUAUGCAGGAAAUGUGACAACAGCUCUUCUGUAAGAAAACACACAACACCUAACCAAAGAAUGAGAA